GAUACGAUAGAACAGAAACAAAAUACGUUGAUACAGUUAACGAAAUCCAGAAAUAGAAGAGUACAAAGUAUGCCUGAAUGUAUUCCUUUUAUAACCAUUGACAAGUUUGUACAAUUCGAUAACGUCAAUGAUGAAUUGUAUACCGAAGUUGUUUCUGAGAUAUUUGGAUGUGCCGAUCAAUCGGUUGAUUAUUUUACUUAUUUGGGUGGGUUAAACCCCAUUGAUUGUGCUGCCAUUUAUUUUAAGCAUGCGUUUGAUAAUGUAGAAAAAAUUUCAUUACAUAUGACUUGGCAUGGAACAAAACACUUGAAAGCUUUAAAAAAAACUCGUUUUUCACAGGCUUGUGAAGAGGCCAUGAAUAAUAAUGUAUACUUCUCGAAGCCAAAACGCGAUGAAUUUGAGGAUGCAAUGAUUAAGGCUUUGAAAAGCACAAAAGAACGUUUUCGCCGCCAACAAAAACGAUCUCUUGAUCAAAUAGAUGAAGAAAAUGAAAAUAUUGAAGGAAAUCCACGGCCUUUUAUUAAAAGAAAACAAAUAGUGUCGAAUAAAAGUCAAGAGAAUGAAAAUGUUGAAGAAAACCUCGAAGAAAACGUUGGAAAUCCACGGCCCUUGGUUAAAAGAAUACAAAUGGUAUUGGAUAAAAAUCAAGAAAAUACGAAACAUAAGCAAUUUAAUUAUGAUAAUGAAUUACAAGAGCACGAUGAACAUACAAGUUACACAGAAGAUGAAAAUACAUUGGCAAGUGACAUCGAUAUGUUCAUUGACAACUAUUAACCGUUUCUUAAUAAUAAGUUCUAUUUUCUUUUUUAAUUAUGAAAGUAUAAUUUUUGUUUUGAAGUUAUAUACAAUUUAUUGUAUAACAUUAUUUUCAAAGAUAUAUAACUUCACUAAUAAGUUUUGGUUUUUUAAGACGUUGUAAAGUGUUUUGUUUCUUUUUAUUUAUAUGUAUAAAUGAAAAAAAAUGAUAACUAUAAACCUUUAUAUUAAGCUUUUCUUUUUGAAGAAUUAUUAAAUUAUAUAUAGCUUAGUUAUUUUUGAAAAGUUAUAAAAACUGUGAUAGAUAAAAGUAUUCUGAAGAAUAUGAUAGAUGAAAAGUAUGUGAUAAGUAUAAAAGUAUAUGUAUACUAUAUGCGUAUAUUUGUGCUAUAGUAUUAGUUUCUUAGCACAACGUUUAGUUCUUUGCACUUAUAAGUAUACACAUACAUAUACAGGGUGUACCGCAACUC